AAUGUCAAAAGUUCUGUAGUCUAUGAAUGCUAUUGAUUGGUCGACGAGGAGAUGUAAAAAAUGGCUGCCUUGCCUUCUCCUACUCAGGUGGCAGGGACCCACAGUGCUAUAUACGAAGCAUAUUAUCACCAAGUGGAUCCUCAGGGCACCGGUGCGAUACAGGCCCUGGAUGCGGCUCGGUUCCUCAAGAAGUCGUACCUCAGCGAUGUGGUCCUUAGCAAGAUCUGGGACCUGUCAGACCCCACGGGCAAGGGGUACCUUGAUAAGGCGGGCUUAUUCGUGGCGCUGAAGCUGGUGGCGCUGGCGCAGGCCGGCCGCGACAUCAACAUGAGCAACAUACACACCGACGCGCCGCCGCCCAAAGUUGGGGAGGUACCCAAAGUGUCGCACGGGCCGCCCCCCGCGCGGCCCGCGGCGCCCUCGCCCGCGCCGCUGGGCGACUGGACCAUGAAGCCGGCCGAGCGGGACAAGUACAGCCAGCUGUUCGACUCGCUGCAGCCUAGCAACGGCCUCAUCGCCGGGAACAAGGUCAAAGGUGUGCUGAUGGAAUCCAAGCUGCCUUUAGAGACCCUGGGCAAGAUCUGGGACCUGGCCGACCAGGACAAGGACGGCAUGCUGGACCGGCACGAGUUCAUGGUGGCGAUGCACCUAGUCUACAAGGCGCUUGAAAAGCACGCGGUGCCUACGACCCUACCGCCCGAGUUGCGUGGGCGGCCCGCGCGACCGCCCUCCCGUCCGCCCUCCCGCCCGCCGUCCCGCCCGCCCUCGCCGCAGCCACGCCCACCGCCGCCGCGACCCGCCCACCAACCGCCGCAGUCUAAUGCUGCCUUGUUGGAGGGGCUGCUGGACCUGUCCAGCCCGCCCACGCAAACAGCGCCGCCCCUAGUGGCGCCUGCAACCGGCGCGGCGCCGGCGUGGGUGGUGACGGCUGCCGAGCGCGCCGCCUACGACGCGCAGUUCGCCGCCGCCGACCAGGACCGCGACGGCUUCGUCUCCGGCGCCGAGAUCAAGCACGCGUUCCUGGACUCCGGCCUGCCGCAGCAGACGCUCGCGCACAUAUGGGCACUAUGCGACACGAGCAGCGUGGGCAAGUUAUCGCGCGAACAAUUCGCACUGGCCAUGUGGUUGGUAGCGCGCGCUGUGCGAGGCACGCCGCCGCCGCCGACUCUCACCGCCGAAAUGAUCCCGCCGUCUUGCCGCCCGCCGACCGCCGGCGCCGCCGCCGCCGCCGCCGCCACCGCUACCGUCGACUUGCUGCAGAAGAACGAGCCGGCACUGAACUUAGGCCCGCAGCCGACGCCUGAGAUGGAGGCCAUAGCGCGCGAGGUGGACGCGUUGGCGCGGGAGCGGCUCGCGCUUGACGCAGAGCUCGCGGCCAAGCAGCGCUCGCUCGCCGUCAAGAGCGGAGAGGCUUCCAGUCUGCAGAGUGAGCUGGACACAUUGACGGCAACGUUAAAACAGUUAGAAAACCAAAAAGGAGAAGCACAAAAGAGAUUAAACGACCUCAAGUCACAGGUGGACAAGCUCCGCGCGCAAGUGUCGGCGGCGGAGGCGGCGGCGGCGGAGACGGAAGCGGAGGUGGCGGCGAGGCGAGCGGCCGCACAGACGCUCAAGGAGAAGGAACGCGCGCUCCAGCAGGACGCUACUGCUGCGGAGGCAGAAGCGGACGCGAUCACUGCUCGCCUGAGCCGCACCGUCAUCGCGCUCAGCCAGGUGUGGGCCGCCGCGCAGACGCUCAAGGAGGAGCGCGCGCUGCAGCAGGACGCUACUGCUGCGGAGGCGGAAGCGGACGCGAUCACUGCUCGCCUGAGCCGCACCGUCAUCGCGCUCAGCCAGGCGAACAUCAAGAUCGGUUACCUGGAGGAGCAGUUUCGUCUGAUCACGGACGCGACGGCGGCGUUAGAGGCGGGCGGGCCGGCGGCGGCGGCGGCGGCGGCGCUGCAGCCGCAGUUUGGCGCCGAACACUUAGCGCGUGUUGUGCGCGGCGCCACGCCUAGUGACGCGCUGGGACUGCAGUAUAGUGACGCGCUGCAGCCGCAGUUCGGCGCCGAACACUUAGCGCGUGUCGUGCGCGGCGCCACGCCCAGUGACGCGCUGGAGGAUGAAUCGUUCUCUGGCGAGAACGCGUUCGGCAACAUGAACGGGUCGGCGGGAUUCGGCGCCGACCCCUUCAAGGACGACGCCUUCCGCGCGCGCGACCCAUUCGCGCCCAGUCAGCCCAACCACAACGCAAAGCAGGACGGCUUCGGCCACGACCCGUUCGCGCCCAGCGCAGACCCUUUCGCUGGCGAUGCCUUCGCGCCCGCCGACAACAAGCCCAAGGCGAACGAUGACGGCGCGUGGGAAUCCGACCCGUUCGCCGUGCUUCACGCUCCCACGCGCUCCAGCCUGGCAGGCGGUGGCUCCGGCGCGGAGUCGCCGACGCCCGUGCUGCCGCCCAAGGCGCACAAGACGCCGCCGCCGCGCCCCGCCCCGCCGCGACCCAACCCGCCGCACAAGCCCCGCGCCAUGGACUUCACCGAGGACCCCUUCAAGGACUACCGCUACGAGGACCCCUUCAACAUCGAGGACCCCUUCGCCGACGCCGACGCCCGCCGACCCACCUCCGUCGCCGGCUUCGAGACCGACCUGUUCGCAAACGCCCCCGCCCCGCCCCGCGGCGGCCGCGUCUCCGCCCCGCCGGUACAAACUGCCCCGUCCGACGCCUGGGCCGCCUGGCCCAACGACAACUGGGCCGCCGACGACGCCUGGGCCAAGCCCGCCCGCCCCGCGCCCGCUACCAAGCCCCUCAACAACGCCAACUCCAACGCCGACGUCUGGGCCGGAAACUCCAGCGACAACGCCGGCGACUGGAAGACCGACAACUGGGCGAGCAAGGCCGACGGCUGGGCCGCCGACUGGGGCGCCGACCACAACCGGAACCUCAACGAGACCUGGCCUUCGAGCACGCUGCCCGGCAAGAAGGAGCGCAGCCCGAAGCCGGUGAAGUACGCCAAGUCGCUCGUGCACACCAUCGGCGGCAUCGGCCGCGCCAAGCACAAGGAGAAGAAGGCCAAAGCGCUGGAGGCGCUGCCGUCUGAAGAGCAGCAGUGGGCGUGGGCCGCGGCCGAGUCGGCGCGCCUGCAGGCCGAGGCCGACGCGCGCCGCCGACAGGAGGACGCCGAGUUACAGCUCGCGCUGGCCAUCUCGCGCCAGGAGAAGUGAGCCGGCUUUGGAGGGCUCCUCCCGAAUGCUUCGUUUUGAAUGUUUCCGUCUCUUUUACGCGAACGCGAGCGACCGGGACGGGUAGACCAGAAACUGCGCGAGACGCGUUCCGGGAUGGCACGCUGCGCGAUCAAGACUCCGAACCGAUGCAUUUGACGUUUCGUUCAUCGUUUGUUUUGAGAGCGACCGUACGUCGGGGGGCUCUCGCUCUGUUAUGAUACUGUUGUAUCGGAAAGUCUGGGAGUGGAACGAAGUCGCGAGGAGGCUGAUACGUGUGAAGCCAGCUCAUACGUCCCAGUCGGUGUCCCAAUGUAAAUCAAAGUAUUAGAACUGUUUGCGAAGCGAUCGGAGCUGGAUCGGUUGACUUAAUUUCGACUUCGCUUCCUGGCGCGCUUUCCGAGAUUAUUUACGUUUCGCCAGCCAGCAUUCCAUAAUCGAAACUCCCGUUUGGUUCGACGUGAACCGAUGUAAGCGUCCACGUGUAGUGUGGUUAUUUUACUUUAUAGUUUUAUACAGGUACCCAAAAAGUAGUAUUACAGAUAACGUAAAAGACAAUAUAUUUUCUAAGAAAGAAGUAUCUUCGCUUGAUUCCUGUGCGGACCAAACUGAGUGUUGAAAAUUGUAUUGUUACGUUGCAUCAUCGAUAUUCGGCAUAUCUUUACUUGUAAUAACUAAUUAAAGUUAUGACACUAUGUGCGGUCACUAGUCAAUUUCAAUAUUGAGAAUGGGGGGUUCUCGAACAAAAGGCGGCGUUCUAGUUAACGUAUUUCACGUCACCGUCGUUCAGAGAAAUCUGACAUUCCAGGUGGCCUAGCGUUCCGUAAGCAUACAAUAUAAUAUGAAUACAGUAGAUUAUAACGUGUACAUUAUUAUUAUAAUAUAUUAUACUGGACUUAGUGAAGACGAUAGAUUUUUGAACGUAAUGUUAUAUACCACAGCCUAGUCAUUACAUGUGGUGUCAGAUUUUUGUGAGCGGCGGCGGAGUUAUUAUAGAAGUGUAAUAUAUUGUUGUCUGCAACCGAGGCCUAAUAGCUUCACUGUGUAUAGUCUCCUAGUUUAAUGUUUACUAUUAUGUUAUUAAUGUUAUUAUGCAUGGAACUUAUUGCAAUAUUCGCUCUUAUGAACCUCGAUACUUACAUGAUAUGUUACUACUUAACUGUAUAUUCCAUUGGUCGUUAUAAAGAAAACGAAUGCAAAUUGUGGGCGUGGUGGGAAUCGUUUCACUGGCAACUUUUGUUUUCGCCUUCGUCAUAAGUCAGGUCAAAAUACGCUUACUACAUAACCCAUACGUGUACUUGCCAUUGAACAAAAUUAUUCCACUAUAAAUAAUGCAUCCUAUUAUUCUAAAUAACCCGUGUCGUUUGUAUCUGAAAUUAUUUUAACCUGUGAUUAAGUGUUAUUACAGUUUACGGUAAGAUUAUAAUCUCUUCAAUGCUCUAUUGUGUAAAAUAUAUUAUUUAUAAAUUAUUUUAUUAUGUUUUUGACAUAAAUAUUGAUAUAUGUCUGGAUAUUAUAGCUGUAUUUUUUUUGAGGCGCAUCUUAUCGUUAGAUAAUAUAAUGUAUAAAUUGAUGUUUGUUUUGUAUAGAGCUGCAGGAUGUCUGUCGAAGUACAACUUGUGCAUUUCACUGUAUGAUUGUUUUGUUGUUGUUAUCGUUGCGUCGCGACGGCCCGACCACCGAAUGCUCAAUGAGAAGUGUAUAAUAAAUCUGUGUAAUAUAUUAUGUA